CGCGGUAGGCGCGCACACCGGCGGUGCUCACAGGUGGGCGACUCCGCCCUGCGCGCCCGAGCCCACGGUGCGGGGUCCCAGUCGCAGCCGCGCCCAGAGGAGCCGGAGCUCCUCCCGGUCCCCGCCUUCGUCGGAGGGCAGGCGUUGGCGUUAAUCAGAAGCAAGGAUGUGUUUACAGAAUGUGAGUUGAGUUCUUGCCACCUUUACCUUCUGAGAGUGUCUCAUGCCUCAUGGUGACAGGUGCACAUCUUUACAGUAAAGGGCAAUAUGAAGCCAGUAAAAAAAAAGAAAACCGAAGAACCCGAAUUGGAGCCCCUGUGCUGUUGUGAGUACAUAGAUCGAAAUGGGGAAAAGAACCACGUGGCUGCUUGUUUGUGCGAUUGUCAGGACCUCGAUGAAGGCUGUGACAGAUGGCUUACCUGUAAAUCAGUGCGUCCAGAGACUUGCGAGAGAAUCACAGACACAAUUUCGGACCGCCUCCGAAUACCUUGGCUCAGAGGAGCCAAAAAAGUUAAUAUUAGCAUCGUCCCUCCACUCGUACUUUUGCCAGUUUUCCUUCACGUGGCUUCCUGGCAUUUCCUGCUGGGAGUGGUGGUUCUGACCUCCCUGCCUGUGCUGGCACUUUGGUACUACUACCUCACUCACAGAAGGAAAGAGCAGACACUGUUUUUCCUGAGCCUCGGACUGUUCUCACUGGGCUACAUGUACUAUGUGUUCCUGCGGGAAGUGGUCCCCAGAGGGCAUGUAGGGCCCACCCAGCUGGCUCUUCUUACCUGUGGGCUACUUCUGAUACUCCUAGCCUUGUACCGAGCCAAGAAGAAUCCAGGCUACCUCAGCAAUCCAGCAUGCAAUGACAAAUCCCCAAGCAACAGCCAAAUGGAAUGCCUGAUUAAGAAAGGGCAGGAGAAGACCAAAGGGUUCUCCGGAACAGAGACCUCGGGGAGCCUCAACAACCGCACACUGAAGGACGAUAUCAAGGGCUCCUCCAGGGUGGGGCUCGACAGCCCUGCCAAGGUAAAGGAAGAUUGGUGUGCAAAGUGCCAGCUAGUACGACCCGCCCGGGCAUGGCAUUGCCGGAUAUGUGGCAUCUGUGUCAGGAGAAUGGAUCAUCAUUGUGUCUGGAUAAAUAGCUGCGUCGGAGAAUCAAACCAUCAAGCAUUUAUACUUGCCCUUUUGAUCUUCUUGCUCACCUCGGUGUACGGGAUAUCGCUGACCUUGAACACCGUUUGCAGGGACAGAAGCCUCUUCACAGCCCUCUUCUACUGUCCUGGAGUUUACGAUAAUUACAGCUCGGCUCUGUCUUUCACCUGCGUGUGGUACUCUGUGAUCAUCACAGCGGGCAUGGCCUACAUCUUCCUCAUCCAGCUGAUAAACAUCAGUUACAAUGUGACUGAGAGGGAAGUGCAACAGGCCCUCCGGCAGAAGACUGGACGCCGGCUCCUCUGUGGGCUCAUUGUGGACACGGGCCAGUAUAACAGGGGAUUCCUGCGCAACUGGCUUCAGUUCUCCACCCUGGGUACACACAUAGCCCACAGCCCCGCUGAGGACAUUGUCUGAAGUGCCUUCUGUGCAGCCCUGAGGGACGCUCUGCUGCUGUCUUUUCCAUUUCACACUUCGUC